GGAAAAACGUUAUAAUAGAAACACAGCCUAAUUUGCCAAAACCCUUUGUUCUUUCUCAAACUCGUCUCUCGAUUUCUCUGUGAAAACUGAAAACAAUGGAAGAGAAUGAGGCGAAUGCAUCACCAUCAAACCCUAAGACGACGCAAGAGCUAGCAGUAGAAGGCCAGAAGCAUCUAGAAGAGACGAUAGAGUCAGCUUUCCAGAUCCUCUCCUCCAUGAACGACGAGCUCUGCAACCCCCUACUCUGGUCCACCAAUUCCUCUGCCGCCGCCGCUGCUGCUACCACCGCAAACGGACAUUCUUCACUCUCAAACGGCGUCGUUCAUAGCGAUUCGUCUUCUUCUGACAACACUAAUACCCAAAAUCUCGGAGACUCGAGCGGCGGCGGCGGUCCUGGUAAUGGCGGAGCUCUUGAGGAGGCUCGGUUACGGUAUAAGAACUCCGUGACGGCGCUCCGGGCUGUUCUGGCAGAAAUUCCUAAUUCUCAGAAGCUUAUAUUGAAACAGGCAACAUCUGAAACUGGUUCCCCUGCAGAUGAAACUGAAAUUGAGAAGUUAGAGGAGAAAGCCUCCAAUUUGAGAAAGGAGCUUGUGAAGAAAAAUGCAUAUAUCAAGGUUCUUAUAGAUCAGCUACGAGAUCUUGUCACAGACAUAUCAACCUGGCAAAGUCCUUGUUCCGUCUGACUUCAAAAGCACGGUGUGUCUUAGAAUGGAUGCUAAAGAGAAGGUGGUGAUGCUUUUUUAGGGAGUUUGAGAAUCUGUGAAGCUUCAAUGCUUUAUAUGAGGUGAUUAAGCUUCACAUAGGCAAAAAUUUCAUGAGAAUAUAAAAUGAGAGCUACAGUAGUGGAGGUUUGUUACUCCUGAUACAUUUGAUAUUAAAGAUAUCAGAUUAGCUUGAUUCUCGUUUUAUUGGCAUGUAUUGGAUGUAUCAUGUAUGAAAUCAGCCAUGCUGUUUAACCAUUAAUGAAAAUUGGGCUAGAUUUGCAUCAAUGCUAA